AUGUCGAGAAAGAGAGCUGAGGAUAUGAAAUGGUUCACUGAAAAACGUCUAGAUGACGGUGUAUUGAGGCAUCCUGCAGAUAGUGAUGAGUGGAAGGAAUUCGAUUCACAACAUCCCAAAUUCGCCUUGGAGCCUGGGAAUAUGAGGCCAGGGUUGGCUACUGAUGGGUUCAACCCUUUCGAAAAUAUGAAUAACUCAUAUAGAAUUGAUAUUGAUGUCUACAUGAGACCUUUUGUAGAUGAAUUGAAUGAAUUAUGGACAACUGGUACAUUAUCCUAUGAUGCCUCGACUGGUGAGACUUUCUGUAUGCGUUCAGCUUUGUUGAGGACGAUACAUGAUUGGCCUGCAUUUAGUGACAUGUCUGGAUGGAGGACAAAGGGUCAUUACUCUUGUUACACUUGCAAUGAUGAACCAUAUUUUGAAUCUUUAAGAAGUAAUACUACAUACAAUAGCCAUCGAUGCUACUUGCCUGAUGACCACCCAGAAAGGCAAAAGAGUAGAGCAUAUAAUGGCAAGCAUGAAAAAUGGAAGAGAUCUUUGGUGAUACCGAUAGAAAAGAUUGAAGAACAAUUAGGCAGCGUGACAGGUGUCACAUAUGGAAAACAUCCAAGCAACAUGAAAAGACCUCGUCAGAACCCAAAUUGGACAAAGGUAAGCAUCUUGUAUGAGCUACCGUAUUGGAAGAAAAAGAGGCUUCGACACAACAUUGAUGUCAUGCACAUGGAGAAGAACUUUAGUGAAAAUGUUAUUAGAACUAUGUUGGGAAUUGAUGGGAAGAACAAGGAUACAGAUAAGGCACGAAUGGAUUUAGAAGAUAUGAAUAUAAGGAAAGAAUUGUGGCUGAUAAAAAAUCCCGAUGGAUCAUAUGUCAAACCUCGAGCCUGCUUCUCACUGACCCCUAAAGAGAGAGAGGGUUUCUUUGAAUUCUUGAAAUCAAUCAAGUAUCCAGAUGGGUAUGCGGCAAACAUUUCGAGAUCAGUGAAUGCAAAAAAUGGUAAAUUAACAGGAUUGAAAAGCUACGACUGCCGUGUACUUAUACAACGGAUUCUUCCUAUUGGGAUGCGUGGUUACAUAGAAAAAGAGAUCAGUACAACACUUUUUGAGUUAGGUAGCCUUUUCCAAGAUCUAUGCUCAAGGACACUCAAACGAAGUGAAAUGGAGAAAUUAGAGGAAUGCAUAGUACUCAUACUAUGUAAGUUUGAAAAGAUAUUUCCUCCAGCCUUCUUCAAUGUGAUGGUUCAUUUGGCCAUUCACUUGCCACGUGAGAUUAUUCUCGGAGGACCUGUGCAAUAUCGGUGGAUGUACCCGAUUGAAAGGUUUCUCGGAGCUUUAAAAAAGUGUGUCAACAACCAAGCUCGACCAGAAGGUUCUAUUGCAAAGGCUUACAUUGUCAAUGAGUGCAUUACUUUUUGCUCAAUGUAUCUUGAAGGGAUUGAAACCGUGCGUAAUCGAGAUGCACGAAAUGAAGAUUAUGGAGUCCGGCGUCAAGGUUUGACAAUAUUCACCGAAACUGCUCGUCCUAUCGGCCAAAUUAGAAAGCAUGUUGAGAUGUCACAGGAACUUCGUGAUAUUUCUCAUUGGUUCUUAUUAUACAAUAACCCUGAGAUAGAGAAGUAUCUUCAGGAACAAAAGAAUUUGUUACAAAUUUCCACUGGACAAGAUAUAACUCAGAUACAACAGAAAGAAUUUCCGAAGUGGUUCAAAGAAUAUAUAAAUAGAUUGAGAGUUGAUGAGGCACCAGAAGGAACCGAAGAAUUGUGUUCAUUAGCAAAUGGUCCUAAUUUGCUAGUGAAAGAGUACUCAGGUUGUAUAAUCAAUGGUGUAAGAUUCCAUACGAAGGAAUUAGACAAUCGUUGUAAGAGUCAAAAUAGUGGUGUGCUUACCAAAGGAGACAACAAGGGAGAGAUGCAUGAAUUCUAUGGUCACUUGUGCAAUAUUUGGGAAUUUGAGGAUGAUAUUGAAGCUGAGGUUAUUCCGAAUAAAACAAAGAGAGAUGGUAGAGAUGAUGAAGAAGAUGAAGAACUUGGCAUACUUGAUGAUGAUAUGGAACCUGAUAUGGAUUAUGAUAUUUAG